ACGGUAGUCAUCGGAACCGUGACGUAAAAGAAAGGCGACGCUGUCGUAAGAGUAAAGGCGACGGCGCACAACUUGUGUGCUUGCUGUUUUUGUAUCAAAAUAAAAAGAGUCAAUGAACCGUGGUGAAUGGAUAUUAAUAUCUAGACGCGCACAGAAGCAGCAGCGAUGUUCCACAACAGCUCCCAGAGGAAAUACUGGAUAUUCAAAAGCGAGGACGAGGUCGCGCACAUGCGGCGCAAGGCCAACCAGAAGUUCCGCAACAAGAUACAAGAGAGCGGGAAGUCUGCUGUGAGUGACUCCAUGUUCCUGGAGCGUCACGAGGAGGACGUCUUGUUCAGACACUACGAGAGGAGGCUGCUGGACUUCUGCAACGCCUUCAAGCCUGCCAUGCCCAAAUCUGUGGUGGGCACCGCCCUCAUGUACUUCAGAAGAUUCUACCUGAACAACUCCGUUAUGGAGCACCACCCUCGGACUAUCAUGCUCACUUGUGCCUACCUGUCCUGUAAGGUGGACGAGUUCAAUGUGUCCAGCACCCAGUUUGGGGGCAACCUCCUGCACGAGACCCCAGCAGGACAGGAACGGGUGCUGGAACAAAUCCUGGAGUAUGAGCUGCUGCUGAUCCAACAGCUCAACUUCCACCUGGUGGUGCACAACCCCUACCGACCCAUGGAGGGUUUGCUCAUCGAUCUCAAGACUAGGUACCCCACGCUGGAGAACCCAGAGUCACUGAGGAAGAGUGCCGAUGACUUCCUGACACAGGCAGCCAUGACGGACGCGGGGCUGCUGUUUCCCCCGUCUCAGAUCGCUCUGGCAGCCAUUCUGAACAGCGCCUUGAGAGCCAGUCUCAGCAUGGAGAGCUACCUGACUGAAUGCCUGGGACUGAAGGAGGACAAAGACUCCAUCUCAAAGAUGUACGACUCGAUGAGGCGGAUGAAAACCCUCCUGAAGAAGUAUGAACUUCCCAAAGCAGACGAGGUGAACAUUUACAAACCGAGGCUGGAGAGGAUUCAUGCUCAAUUUGCCAGUUCAAGCAACAAACGCAAGAGAGGAUAUGAGGACGACAGCCAUGUUGCAAAAGAACCACGUUUGGUAGAAGAGGAAUGGACGGAUGAAGACCUGAUGUAAGCUCAAUGUGCUGGAAGAAUCAAGCAGUCACAUGAUAUUUCUACUUCAUUCCGGUAUUGUGUCACAGAUACUUUCCAAGUGGACAUGUCGAAAUUCACUUUUCUACAUGACAUUCCCCUCAGUUUUGCAUUUGUUGUGCAGUAAGAAUAAAGGUAUUUUUUUACAAA